UUGUUAACAACGAUAAUAGUGUGUUUUUGUACGACUUCACAGUGCACGAGAUAAUAAAAAAACGCCAAUAAUAAAAAAUAUAUAUACAUAUAUAUAUUAUUACAACUGCAAUAACAUAAUAGUGUGUCAUACUAUAGGUAUUAUGUACGUUUAGGUUUGAUGUUAUUACAGAACGCCAGCGGCCAGUCGCUCAUACGCACUAUUGAAUUAAACUCGGAUUUUGUUAGUCACUGUUGUUGUAUACUCCAUUGUAUACGUUUGUAAUUGGUAUGAGUUCUGUAGAGAAAACUAUAAUAUAAUAUAAAACUUAAUAUAAUAUAAUAGUAAUUCGACUCGAACGUUUCGGCGGUGUCAAGUACCAUCGAACUUGAUUUGUGCAUAAGAUGAGCACAUACGAUUUUAACCUCUAUCAUUCUGGUCAAGUAUUUAAUUUGUCACCAACUAUACCCACUCAAAUCUAAUCUCGUUUGUGGCCUCUAAAACUAAUGGUGAAAUUAUAUCAAUUGACAAUGAAUCAUGACGAAGGAGAAUUAGAAAGGCUGAUAGCAGGCGAUAAAGAACAUAAAGAUUCAGAAUGUCCUAGCUUUUGGUGUCAGCUGAUUUUGUCAUUGUUUGGCGUUCUGUUUUUGUUCACCGGAAUUAUAAUGACUGGUCUGUGGCCACAAAUAUUUGGUGACGUUAUGAAACAUAAACUAGAAUUGAGAAAUAAUACUCAAACUUACAAGUAUUGGGAAAAGUUACCAGUACCUUUACAAAUGGAAAUAUACUUAUUCAAUUGGACCAAUCCAGAAGCUACUUUACAAAAUAAAACUAAACCUGUAUUACAACAAUUAGGACCUUAUGUUUUUACGGAUAAACGAUUAAAAGUUAAUCAAACUUUUAACAAAAAUUCAACCAUAACAUAUAUGCAAUUAAAAAGUUGGUACUUUGAACCUUUGGCUUCAAAUGGCUCAUUGACAGAUAAAAUCACCACAGUCAAUGUUAUUCUCAGCGUAUUAGGAGAAAAACUGAAAAAAAUUAAUAGACACUGGGUGUAUAUUCUUGCAAACUACUAUUUAAAAAUUAAGAAAAUCAAUCAACCAUAUGUGACAAAAACGGCUGGCGAAUUUUUAUUCGAUGGCUAUGACGAUCCAAUCUUGGAUGUUAUUAUAAAAUUACAAGCAUUUAUACCUAUAAAUGUACCAAUCAAGAAAGUGGGAUGGUUCUACGGGAUGAAUAUGAGUACAGCCGCAGAUGGUUUAGUUAAUAUGUAUACUGGUGUAGAUGAUAUAUCCAAAGUUGGUAUUAUACAUUCGGUUAAUUAUAAUACAAAAUUAAAUAUAUUCAAUAAAGACUGCAGUUAUAGUAAUGGCUCUGUCGGUGAUUUAUGGCCAGAACACUCAGCCUCCCAACCCAAUAUUUCGCUUUAUGUUCCUAGUCUCUGUAGUGCCGUUACCUUGACGAAUACAAACCAUGCUUAUGUUAAUGAGAUUGAAGGAAUCAACUUUGCUGCAGGAUCCGACGUUUUCAACAAUACAUGCAAUUGUCCACCGUCUGGUUGCCAACAACUUCCUGGUGUGCGAUCAUUGAAUUUGUGUGGAAACAACAACCCACUUCCUUUAUUUGUAUCAUUUCCACAUUUUUAUUUGGCAGAUCCUUCCUAUGGCCAAAUGAUAAAUGGAAUGAAACCAAAUAAAUCAUUACACGAGUUCAAAAUCAUUUUAGAAAAAGACUAUUCCAUACCACUCAGUGUAGAUGCUAAAUUUCAGUUCAAUGUCAAAAUAAGUCCAAUCAAAGAAUUCUCUAUUUUGAGAAAUGUACCUGAACUAUAUUUACCAACAUUUUGGUUUUCUGAAUCAUUUGUAAUUCCACAAAAUAUGUCUGAUCAACUCACAAUUGUUACUAACUUGUUACCAAACAUUGUUCCUUAUGUAUGGUUAAUGAUGGCCGUAGCUGGAUCUGUUAUGUUAAUAAUUAGCACUUAUUUUUGGAUAAACAGAAAAAACAAGUCAUUCGUCUUAGAUCCAGUAGAAUGAAAAUUUCCCUUUUAAUUAUCAUAACUUAAAUGACUGUCUAGAAAAAAAUGAAAUGGUUCAACUCAAGUUACACUUAGAAUAGCAGGUAUCUAUAAACAAUAGUUGUAAUCUCUGUUAAGUGACAUCUAAAACUCUAUUAUCAAGUUUAUCACUGUUCAUAAGUACCUUUUAAAUUAGAUAGUAUUCCAUUUGAGUACAUAAUUGACAUAAAUCUAUAAAAAUUACAUAUUUUAUAACCAUUUAACUUACCUUUAGAUAUUCCACUAUUUUUUUUUUUGUAAUUGUGUGUAUACAUAAACAUGUCUUUUUAAUUUUCUAUUUAUUAAUAUAUCAUAAUUUGAUCAUUGUGUAUGUGA